AUGUCAGAAAAUGUGACUGCAACGAUGAAUGGAACACAAUCCAUGUCGAGCUGCUUCAACCCCACAGCGGCAAGAAUCGGUGAAACCUUUGCUUACUGCUUGCUAUUUAUUGUUUCGUUGGUUGGAAAUAUCUUCAUUGCAAUGAUUGUCUUUAAGACAAAAACUCUAAGAAAGCCCUUUAAUUUCUUUACUGUUAGCAUGGCCAUGUCCGAUUUGCUUCUUCCGAUUUUCUUUUUUCCUCGUAAUUUGGUGUUGUCAUACACUCGCUCCUGGCUCAUAGGCGGUCUGCUUAGUCAAGUGUUAUGUAAGCUUAGUAUGUUGGUACCUGGUGUGUCCUUUGCUGUGUCUGUUCAAAGCCUGGUUCUAAUAGCGGUCGAUCGAUUUGGAGCUGUGAUAUUUCCCCUCCGUUCCCCGCUGAUUAAUUCAAAGCGAUGCCGGUUCUUCAUUCUCGCCACUUGGAUAAUCGCUAUCGCUAUCUUUUGCCCAAACCUGUUCGCCUCGAAAGUUAUCGAGUCUCCAGAGGGGCUGGCGUGUGUGCAUGAUUGGAACUCGGACGCAUUCGGGGAGUCCUUGUCCUUCAAAAACUUAUAUUUGGUAGUGCUUGUUGUAUUUGUUUAUGUCCCUUUGGUUUUUAUCGCCAUAGUUUACUCUGCCAUUGCUUUAAAAAUCAAAUCCCAGAAGAUUCCAGGAGAGCAAUCAACUAACACAAGAGAAAAACGCUUGAAAAGAGAGCGAAAUGUUCUUAAACUGUCCGUCGCCAUCGUGUUAGGGUUUGCAUUGUGCUGGCUGCCCUUAAGUAUUAAGUGGUUCAUGCUCUUCAACUCAGACCGAACAAUAACAUCAUCUUGUGGCUUCUAUUACUUCUGGUAUGUUUCCGUAUUUCUAGGUAUGUCGAACUGCGCGAUCAACCCUUGGAUCUGUAUAUGUUUUGGUAGAAAUUAUCGCCAAGGUCUCAAGAAUCUUCUCAGUUGCUCUUCUGCUGGUCCUGACGUUGAUCGAGAUGCACCGUAG